GUCCAUCGUCUCCUUCUUUCUUUCUUUCUGUCUGUCUUUCUCUUUGCGGAAAAUGGAAUUAGGUGCAGGAAUUUUCUGGCAUCGCCAGCAUAUUCUUAACAGAAUACAGAAACAUCGCUUCUUAUAGCACACGCCGGUUCAAUUUCUCCACCUUUGUGAAAGCCCUUUCUUUUAUCCAUUUCAAGGCUUUUACGGAAGGUGGGGAGGUCUUUGACUUUCAUAAUUUGGAUGGUAAGAGGGUGUUGUUGGCUGUGGACGCUACCAAAGGCCAAGUCUUCUUCUUUGAUUUCAUAAAGCAUUUCUCUUCUUCAAACUCUUCAUGUCUUUUGGAAUCUUCCUUCAUUGAAUGGAGCUGGAUCUUUCAUACAAGAUCAGCAGCUCACCUUUGCCUGGUUUUCUCUGGUUUGAAUGGUUCCUCAUUUUUACUGUUCACAAGUUUGGCUUUUUAUAAUUCCAAACUCUCCAAACUGUGUUGUCUUUGAUUGAUGGGUCUGAGGAAAACUGGUCUCUUUAGCGUUGAGCCUUCUUCAAAGAUAGUUUUGAUUUUUGCCUGCAAGGUGUUCUAGAGUUUGUCUCUUAGGGGGGGGAUCUUUGGGGUUAUAAAAUGGAUGAAGAUAGCAGCAGCUCUUGGAUAAGGAGGGCUAAGUUCUCUCACACAGUUUGUCACCGAUUGGAGUAUUCCAGAUUGGGCUCUUUUCCUAACAGCAUUCAGCGGCAGCAGAACUCAGGGACUCUGAAAUCAAGGCCCGCAGCAGCACAACCAGCGCCGGCGCCGGCUGUGGCACCUGCAGUUCCUUAUAAUCCAAACUCUGUAUCUAACAUGUCACAGGUUCAGAGAAAUCCAAUAACGAAUAGGCAGAGAUCUUUGUCCCCUUUGCCGGUAACUCUUCUUUCCGAUGCGUUUAAGGAAGCCCAGCAUGAGAAGAAGAGGUUCUCAACUCCAACCACUCCUCGGAGGAAAGACCAGGAGAAGAGAAUUAUGGGGAAGUUAAUGAACCAGGACUCUAAGCACUGUAGAGACACUAAGGUGUUGUCAAAUUCAAAAUCGCCUCAGGGUAGUCCAAUUGGGCAACUUGCAUCAAUGAAAUUGGGAGAGAAGUCAAAGCACCGCAAGGAAUCUGCGUGGACAAAGUACUUUGACCAUGGUGGAGGAAGGGUCACUGCUGUGGAAACAGCUGAAGAGUGGACUGUGGACCUCUCUAAGCUGUUCCUUGGUGUCAGAUUCGCUUAUGGGGCUCACAGUCGGCUUUACCAUGGUAUGUAUAACGAAGAGCCUGUUGCUGUGAAGAUUAUCCGCGUGCCAGAUGACGACGAAAAUGGAAACAUGGCUUAUCGGUUGGAGAAUCAGUUCAUUAGAGAGGUCUCGCUUUUGUCUCGCCUCCAUCAUCAGAAUGUUAUAAAGUUUGUAGCAGCGUGCAGAAAACCACCUGUUUAUUGUGUUAUCACUGAAUAUCUAGCAGAAGGUUCCUUAAGAGCAUAUUUGCAUAAAUUGGAGAAAAAGACUAUUUCUAUGCAGAAACUAAUUGCUUUUGCUCUGGAUAUUGCGCGCGGGAUGGAAUAUAUACACUCUCAAGGUGUCAUUCAUAGAGACCUUAAACCAGAGAAUGUACUUAUUAGCGAAGACUUUCACCUUAAAAUUGCUGAUUUUGGGAUUGCUUGUGAGGAAGCAUAUUGUGACUUAUUAGCUGACGACCCUGGUACGUACCGCUGGAUGGCACCUGAGAUGAUCAAACGUAAAUCCUACGGGAGAAAGGUUGAUGUAUAUAGUUUUGGGCUUAUCCUGUGGGAAAUGGUAACCGGAACAAUACCAUAUGAGGAUAUGACUCCCAUCCAGGCUGCUUUUGCAGUGGUAAAUAAGAAUUCAAGGCCUGUUAUUCCUUCCGAUUGCCCACCUGCAAUGCGCGCUUUAAUCGAGCAAUGUUGGUCCGUGCAUCCAGACAAGAGGCCUGAGUUCUGGCAGGUUGUUAAGGUGUUAGAACAAUUCGAAUCAUCACUUGCAUUGGACGGAACCUUGACUCUGGUGCAAAACCCUUUGUGCCAGGAUCAUAAGAAAGGGCUUCUUCAUUGGAUUCAAAAACUUAGUCCUUCUCAUCAAAAUAGUGGUCCGGCACUUAAACCUAGAUUCUCAUGAAUCUUCUGAGUAGCAUGGCUUUUGUAGUAGUGAUAGCACCCCAGGUCCAUUGUAAUUAAAAAAUGGUAAGUUUGGAGUGUAAAAGAGGACAAGAAGAAAAAGGAGAAAAGAAAAGAAAGUUUUUUAUUUUAUUUUUUUUAAAUGCUCUGGUUGUAGUAAUCUUUAUAAAAUUCUUAUGGAGGGUAAAUUGAUUUGUGUACAUUGAGGCGAAAGCGUGUUUAUUUGCCCUAUUGUGCAUACACACUAAUACAGUCUUUCUUCUUGAUCACA